GUGUUUAGUACCUGAAUAGGUCGCCGCUGUGGUUAUCCCUUGUCCCUCGAAAAAGCUUCUGACUUCAAUGCUUUCCUCUUUCAUUAUCAUUCUUUCAUCUGUGAUUCCAAUCCUAUGUUCGCCAUUGUCAUUUUCAUUGUCAUAAUAUAUUUAAACUUUGGCGUAGAAUCAUGAAUGAAUUAAUGAAACUCAGCCCUGGAAAGAGGGAAAAUGCUUUAAAAAAGUUGAAGAAAGAGAGAAAUGAUAGAAUGCGAGCUCAGCUACCAGUUUUGAAUCGCGAAGAAGUUAUCAGAUAUCGACUCCCACCUCAUGAAGCUCUUUUAAGAGCGAUUGGACAGGAUGGAUAUAAAAAUACAGCAGAGUACAUGAAACAGCUCAUUGACUAUCAAGAGUAUGUGAGGAAUUUCUAUGGACCAGAUACCAAUGUUUGGCUGAGACCAAGAUUGAAGUAUAAUAUGGAUAUUCUUUACCACCUAAGGGAUGGCCUUGCUACUGCCGAAAAAGCACAUUUGGCAGACAAUAUCGCGAACGAAGUAAGAGAAAUCCUGAAACUGGCAGUGGAGUACGCUUUCGGUGAAGAAGACUGGUGGUGGCUUGGUCAUCAACUAUUAGAUCAAUCUAUAACAAUCAGCAGAGAUUUCAAAAGAGAUGCUGGAAUGUAUCAUUCAAUAGCAAGAUAUGCACUCGGAAAAUUCUUGUUGGAGAAGAUAACGGAUGUAGAUGCAGCUUUGGAGCAUCUAAAUAUCGCAAGGAGUAUAUCUGUAGGUAAUCCAUGGAGCGCGAAGGGCAUAUUCAAGACGCAUCAGAAAACAGUUUUCACUGAAGUCUCCAUACUUCUCUACAAAGUUAUCUUGAAACAAGCAAGACAAUGUAUGAAGUAUGAUCCUCACUUGGCAAUCAAGCUAUGCAAAACGGCAAGAAAGGCUGCUUUAGACGGUUGCCAUUACUCUGGUGAAACAGAAGCGUAUAUCACCGAAGGAGAGUGCGAACAGUUGAUUCACGAUACCCAGAGUGCCAUCAAAUCAUUUCAAAAGGCUCUUGCCAUUCAGAGCUUUCACGAAGACCCUCAUUGGAAGUGUGAAGCUAUGUCUCAUCUAGCAAUUGCUUAUUUGAAACACGGACUUCUCUCCUCUGCCCUGCAGAUGUUGCACGAUUUAAAAGAUUACGCUGUGAAACACCAGCUUACUUUUUACGUGGCACAGUCCUACAAAUACUUGGGAGAGUAUUAUCUUAGAGAAGGCACACCUCAAAAUGCGACACCACUGUUAAAAAUUGCUUUGAGACUGUUUAAUGAGGGAAACUACAUACAUGAAGCAGAGAGUGCAAGGAACUAUGCUGCAAUAUCUAUAGGAAUUGAACUCAUAAAUCCCUAUAUCGAAUUGGUGGUAGCCUGCGACGAAAAAAACCCAGAUUACGACAUCCUCAUGCGAAAGCUCAUAGAAUGGAAAGAUUCUAGAGUCACAUUCUGGAAAGACUUGAAAGGAGAAAUAAGUUUUGGAAGAAUAGAUGAAGCGAAUAGGGAAACAGAAAGUGAUUUUCUCCGGCUAACAGAGUCUAAUGCUGAAAUGCCGAAUAGGGAAGUGGUGUUGUCUGUAAAAUCUCUUGUGGGAAGUAAAGAUUCGUUUCGAGUGGGUGAGAGGGUGGCCAGCAAAUCGAGAGAAUCUGUUGAGGAAAGUACGAAGGAAUCCAGAGAAGUGGAGAGUGUGGAUGAAGAGGCCUUCGUUGCAAAAAAGGUGGACUCGAAGAAGGGAAGUACAGACGAUGAAAAGAAGGAGGUUAUAACAUUACACGUUACGGAAAACUUUACAGAUGACUGAAUGCCGUUGGUGUUGAGGGAAUAACUAAGUAAAAAUUGAUUACUCAGUCAAUUAUUAUAGUAAAUCUUUCAAAAAUAUUUCAAAUUUAAGAAUAAAAUGAAAU